CGCAAAAAUCUUUAGACAGAAAACCCCUUCCGAGGGUUUUAGGCAACCGAUUCGUGAACAGAGCAAAAGAAAAGAGCCAGCCAAGUCUGCCGCUUUCUUCUAUUCCUCUCUGUUUGUUUCCCCAGAAAAAACACUUUCCGGGAAAAAAGAAAACGGAACCUGUAAACGUUCAAUGGCUCCGGUAGACGAGCGUUUUGUAAGCUCCAAAGCGGAGCUUAAACGAAAACAGAAGGAAAAGAAGAAGGCAAAAUCUGGUGGCUUCGAGUCCUUAAACCUAAGCCCUAAUGUCUACAGAGGAAUCAAGCGGAAGGGAUACAGAGUCCCUACGCCGAUUCAACGCAAGACCAUGCCUCUUAUUCUUGCUGGAAACGACGUCGUUGCCAUGGCCCGGACUGGUUCUGGGAAGACGGCGGCUUUUUUGGUCCCCAUGCUGGAGAAACUGAAGCAGCACGUGCCUCAGGGCGGUGUCCGAGCUCUCAUUUUGUCUCCGACCAGAGAUUUGGCCUUGCAGACUUUGAAGUUUGCCAAGGAAUUGGGAAAAUUUAUAGAUCUUCGGAUUAGUUUGCUUGUCGGCGGUGAUAGCAUGGAAAGUCAGUUUGAAGAGUUGGCACAAAACCCUGAUAUUAUUAUUGCUACUCCUGGUAGACUGAUGCACCAUCUAACUGAGGUUGAUGAUAUGACACUUCGUACAGUAGAAUAUGUGGUAUUUGAUGAAGCAGAUUCCCUCUUUGGCAUGGGUUUUGCUGAACAGUUGCAUAAAAUUCUUACCCAGCUUAGUGAAAACCGUCAGACCUUGCUCUUUAGUGCAACUUUACCAAGUGCCCUAGCAGAGUUUGCUAAGGCAGGACUGCGAGACCCUCAACUUGUGCGGCUUGAUUUAGAAACCAAGAUUAGCCCCGACUUAAAGCUUGUUUUUUUCACCUUGCGUCAGGAAGAAAAACAUGCUGCACUGUUGUAUUUGGCAAGGGACCACAUUAGUUCUGAUCAACAAACUUUGAUAUUUGUUUCCACUAAACAUCAUGUAGAGUUCCUUAAUAUUAUGUUUCGAGAGGAGGGUAUUGAGCCUUCUGUGUGUUAUGGUGAUAUGGAUCAAGAUGCUCGGAAAAUUAAUAUUUCAAAAUUCAGAUCAAGAAAAACUAUGUUGCUUAUUGUGACAGACGUUGCUGCUAGGGGUAUUGACAUACCUUUACUAGAUAAUGUUAUUAACUGGGACUUCCCUCCGAAGCCCAAAAUUUUUGUUCAUCGUGUUGGACGAGCAGCAAGGGCAGGUAGGACUGGUACUGCAUUUUCCUUUGUGACAUCUGAGGAUAUGCCGUACCUUUUAGAUCUUCAUCUAUUUCUGUCAAGACCAAUCAGGGCGGCACCUACUGAAGAGGAGGUUUUUCAAGAUAUGGAUGGGGCAAUGAAUAAAAUUGGUCAAGCAAUUGCAAAUGGAGAAUCUGUUUAUGGACGUUUCCCCCAAAACAUUAUUGAUCUUAUUUCAGAUAGGGUUAGGGACAUGAUUGAUUCAUCUGCAGAACUAAAUAAUUUGCAGAGGACAUGUGCAAAUGCUUUUCGUCUGUAUUCCAAGACUAAACCAUUGCCUGCAAGGGAGUCCAUCAAAAGGGCAAAGGAUUUGCCCCGUGAAGGUUUGCAUCCUAUCUUUAGAAAUGUACUGGAAGGAGGUGAAUUGGCGGCACUUGCAUUUUCUGAACGUCUGAAAGCUUUCAGACCCAAGCAGACCAUUCUGGAAGCUGAAAGUGAAGCCACUAAAUCAAAGCAUUCUCAGUGGGUCGGUGUGAUGAAGAAGAAGAGAGAUAUACAUGAGAAGAUCAUUAACUUGGUUCAUAAGCAGCGCUUUAGCAAUCAUGUGGAAAAGGAAAUCGAACCUGACAUUACUUCUUCAAAGAUAAAUGACACAAAAGAGGCUCGUGGUUCUAAAAGAAAGGCGAGGAACUUCAAGGAUGAGGAGUAUUACAUAAGUUCUGUGCCAACAAAUCAUCAUACAGAGGCUGGUCUCUCAGUAAGAAGUAAUGAAGGGUUUGGAUCAAAUAGGUUGGAAUCUGCUGUACUGGAUCUUGUUGCUGACGAUAGUGAAGGUUUGCAGAAACAAAAAUCCAGAUAUCAUUGGGAUAAGAGGGGUAAAAAGUACGUCAAAUUGAAUAAUGGUGAAUGUGUUACAGCUAGUGGAAAGGUGAAGACAGAGAGUGGUGCCAAAGUAAAAACUGAGAAAACAGGAAUAUACAAGAAGUGGAAAGAACGAUCUCACAAAAAGGUAUAUUUGAAGGGAACCACCAACGGAGAGAAUGGUGAGGCAACAACAAUUUCAUCAGGAGACUAUUGGUCACGAGGUAAUGGUAGAAACUUCAGAGGGAACAAGAAAUUGCAGCAUUCUGUGCCUAAUGCUCAUGUACGUUCAGAGAUCAAAGAUUUCGAACAAGUGCGAAAGGAAAGACAGAAGAAGGCAAAUAAUAAACUGUCAUAUAUGAAGGGCAAAGCCAACAAGAAAAAGGGUAAAAAUUUUGGUAAAAGUGGUAAAAGAGGAAAAUCCAAGUAGCCGAUCCCAUUGUUGCAGUGUCAUCGGGAGAGCAUAUACAUAUAGGGCAGUACUUGCUAACCAGAAGUGGAUUCAAGAAGUUUUUGACCUUUUUGACGAGUAUUACAUUAUACCAUUUAUGAUGCUCAAGUAAAAGUGGGUUCUGGAAAGAAAUUUUGAGUCGGCCACUGUAUUGUUUGGUUGAGGUGUGAGUAAUAUUAUAGGUUUUGUCAUCAUUUCAUUUCUUUCAGACUAUUGUCGGUGGGUUAAAACUUCCAUGCUACUUUCUUAAUGUUACAAAAUAUAUGUUGUUGAUUCUUUCUUUUUCGAUA